AUGGCCGCGCCGCUGUGGCCGCGCGCCAAUGAGAGCGGCGGCUGGCCGGAGCAGGGCGGCGCCGGGCCGGGGGCGAGGCGGCUGGCCACGGCGCUGCUGUUCCUGGCGGCCGUCGCGCUGCCGUGCCUCGUGCUGUACCGCGCCGUCGCGCCCGGCGGGGUGCUCGUCCAGCCCGCCGCCCGCCUGCCGUGGCUACAGGCCGGCGCGCCGCCGCACGACGACGACGACGUCGACCUGGUACAGGAGAGCGAGAGCGAGGACGUGAGGCUGGAGCGAGUGCUCCGGGCGGCGGCGAUGGCCAACGACACGGUGAUCCUGACGACGCUCAACUCGGCGUGGGCGGAGCCGGGGUCCAUGGUGGACGUGUUCCUGGAGAGCUUCCGGUUGGGCGAGCACACCCGGGAGCUGCUCGACCACCUCGUCAUCGUCUCGCUCGACCUCGCGGCGCACCGCCGCUGCAAGCAGAUCCACCCGCACUGCCUGGCGGUGGCCACGGAGGGCGUCGACUUCUCGGGGCAGAAGAACUUCAUGACGGACGGGUACCUGCGGAUGAUGUGGCGCCGGAUCGACUUCCUCCGGCAGGUCCUGGAGAAGGGCUACAGCUUCAUCUUCACGGACACGGACAUCGUGUGGCUGCGCAGCCCGCUGCCGCGCCUCUACGCCGAGGGGAACUUCCAGAUCGCCUGCGACCACUUCACCGGCGACCCCGACGACGUCCUCGGCAACGCGCCCAACGGCGGCUUCGCCUACGCGCGCGCCAACACCGAGACGGUGGAGCUGUACCGCUACUGGUACGCGGCUAGGGAGCGCCACCCGGGCCUGCACGACCAGGACGUGCUCAACCUCAUCAAGGCCGACCGCUACCUGGCCGAGGUGGGCGUCCGGAUCAGGUUCCUCAGCACCGAAUUCUUCGGGGGCCUCUGCGAGCCCAGCCGCAACCUCAGCGCCGUCUGCACCAUGCACGCCAACUGCUGCGUCGGCCUCCGCCGCAAGAUCGCCGACCUCACCCUCAUCCUCCACGACUGGAGGAGCUUCAUGUCGCUCAGGGGCCCCGACAAGCGCUCCGCCGCCUCAUGGAGCGUGCCACGGAACUGCAGACUGGAUAAAGUGGAGGAGUAG